AUGACGGAAAGGGAGAAAACAGCGGCCGUCCCCGCACCAGAAGACGUUAUAGAAAUGGACGACUCGUUUUCUCCGCAGUUUGUGAUGGAAGUCAAUAAAAUAAAAAGUCAUAUUCGAAAACUUGUGGAAGAUAACCCGACUCGUAAAUUUUUUGCCCCACUAACAUCUAAUCUCGGUGAUAAUACGGCGAUAUUGCGCAUACAAUUCAACAAUAUGAUGUCAAAAAUGGAGGAAAAAGAGAAACAAUCGCUUGUGAAGGAACUCAUCAAAUUAGUGCAUCAUGUCGCUGAAAAGAACUCGUUGGAUCGCGUUUUUGUCGCAGCCAGCUACGAACGUGUCGUUGACACACUCCUCCGAUUCGCCCACGAAAAAGAAGUGAUCACAACAACACUAUGCGUCGAAGGACUCAUUAUGACAUCAGAUUUCCGUCUGUGCAGUAGAAUUUGUCAAGAAAAAUGGAAAUUCAUUUACGAAUGUAUUCCAACAAUCGAUUACAAGGGAAUUCGAAAUAUUCUUCGAUACAUUUUGGAGUCCCAAUUGAGAAGACUGCCGUAUACUUUGUCACCAGAGAAAGUGAACGAGUUGAGGAUUGUGGAGAAUGUGAUAUUGAAAAUUGUUGAUAGAGACUCGAAUCUGAUGCCUCCGUUGAUCACUUUAUCGGAGAUUAUGAGGGGAAUGCCGAAGCAGGCUCAGAUGUUACCGAGACUAACCGAAAAACUCUCCAACCUCUCAUCUCAUUUCCGUCCAAUCGCCGACUUAACACAUGUCUGCAGUCGUAGUUUCAUCUACCCCAUCCCAUCACAUCCAGCCUACUACCCACCUACAUCAUUCUGGGAGGAUUUUGGACUGAAUGUGAAUAACACCUUCGUCCAGAGCCAUCAUAUGCUUCCAUACCGCCCGGAACAUAAAGCCAGUUGUCUGUAUACUCUUUAUAUGAUAGUGAGACAACCGAAUGGCAAAGAAUCGUUACAUCCACAAAACAAAUCGAAAACAAAACAACACUGGGAGAUGCUGGUAGCUGUGAUGAUGUGUGAGGCUAUGGGUGAAGCAGAGGUUCUUCCUGAAAACGAGCCGAUUCCGAGAUAUCAGUGGGAUAAUAUCACCAAUCUUGUGAUUUAUGGAAUGCAACAUCAUUUAUUAAGUCCUCAAAGUUUCUUCAAAACAGUGUGGCGUCUCUUACGUCAAUGCAAAUACACACGAGCCCGUGACGAGGUGAUGUGGAUUGUGUUCCAAGUGGUCAGCUCACUACCAAAUGCCAUUCGUUUGGAUGAUGCGAUACAAGAAAUUGUGGAUUUAUAUAAUAUUCUAUUCGAUGGCGACGUCGUUUGGAUGGGUGCUUCUGAUCAUCCAGCACUGUUUGCAAGGUUUCUGGCUGCCGCCGGGACAUGGAUGUUGCUGACUAAAGAUUUCCCCGACAAGAUGCCACCGCCAAACGACACAAUCAAAAGUCACAUCCGCUUCAUUCAAGACGGUGCCGACAAUUUCGAUUCGAAGAAUACGGCAAUGUUGGCGGUUUUGGCGAAUGUUUAUCGAGGCGAUACAAAAGUGGGAAAAAACGUCUUCCCCGCAAUCGUCCAGACAAUCGAUGCUCCAUCAGACCCCGCCCACCCACUAUUCGAAUUAUCGUAUCAACGAAAAGCGGCGAAUAGUUUCUCGGUGUUCUCCGCCGAAUUCCUCGAUGCGUUGACACUACGCUCAAAAAAGCAGUUGCUGAAUUCAGUUUGUCACUUCCUUCGCCAAUUUUCAGCCGAGAAGCUUCCAAGUCCAUCUGUAUUCGAGAUAAUUGCGAGGAUUUGUCUCUCGGAGGAUUGUGAAGCGGCGAUAAAAGAUCUGGAGUCAUUGGCGCAGAGAUCCCUGGUGGUUUCAAGCACUUCUGAUAGGGGUUCCGUUGAAAAUCAGAACAUUCAAUCAAAAGACCAAUGUCACUUUCUCUUCGACUUCCUGGCCUACCGUAUCCCAUAUCACUAUCGAUACUCGAAAUACCUCACAACAUUCCACUCGCUCUGUCAUUAUUUCUCUUUGCAUAUCGUGAACAAUCCUCAAAACCAUCAAAUCUAUCGACUCCUCGAGCAAUUCUUCUUAAGACGAAUGUGCUGGAAGUCAUUCCAUGAGAAUAUCCAAUGCUACACGUCUCUAUUUGGUGCUUCAUCGAAAGAUAACUCACUGAUGAGAUUCUUCUUGCAUCCCAGGACCUUUACAGUGCCGGUGGAUCAAUAUCAGUUCCCACUGAAUCCUGAGAUGUUCAAAAUGUCAAUAUACGCAUUUCUGAGAGCUAUCAAGAUUACUGGUCAAGAGGUUGUCACUGAGGGAACAAUGCAUCCAUAUCAUGUUGCCGGAUAUGGAUGGCCUGAAAAAUCCACGUCAUACUUCCCCAAGUGGGCUCUCGAGAUCAUUAAGAAUACUGACGCUACGAAAUUGCUGCCGAAUUAUGAGGAGAUUCUAACAAAGACCCGGGAAACCGCACGUCUUCAUCCCUCACUGACACCCAAUCAAUUUGUGAUGCGAUAUGGUGAUGAUCAAGAUCCGACGACAUUCUAUUGUAUGAUGGCCGUGUUGUUUAAAUUUGCAUACGCAGCGGUCGAUAGUAAAUGGGAUAUUACUAGCGAGUUUUAUGAAGUAUUGGAGAAAAAGUCGCCGAAAGAUAUUGUGGUGAUGGGCAACUACUUGAUCGACUAUAUAAUUGCGGAUGUGAAAACGCAGGAUUGUAAUGAGCAGACUUUCAAGAAUAUCGCAAAGGCCGCCGCAGUGCUCGUGUUCACUCAUCAGAUUCAACGGGCCGAUCGAUUCCUGCUCUCUUUGAUUAUGCACCCGGGAAAUGAUGAAGAUGCGUUGAUUUGUAUACAAAUUGCGAAUGAGUUCAUUUUGACUACGGAAUUUCAGGACCGAAUCCGUUGGUUCUAUCAAAACGUUCCUCGAAAAGAUCAACACCCCGACGAAUACAUCAAAGCGAUCGUGAAAUAUCAUGACGCAUUCCCUGAAUUCGAGGCUUGUGAACUCGUCAGCAAGUACGACAACUCUACGAAUCCCCACAUGCCAACGUACUACGGAUGUCUCAUCGAACGACUGCUCCCGAUUCUCGAUCAAUUUGUGUACGUGGCGUUGGAACAACAAGGAUACAAAAUGAAUCCACAAGUACUUCAAACCGUUGCAAUGUUCUAUAAGUAUCAUGCGAUGCCGAUCCAUUUCAUGUACUCUGUUCUAUUCACUUCUCAUGGAUUGAUGUCGGGUCCCGAUGCGAAAUCAUUUGUAACAACAUUCGCCGCACAAAUUGAAGAAUGUCAUUUGACAGAGGCAUUCGAGAAGUUCAAUCAUCAGAAGACGUCGUGUGAGCAAUUGAUGAUGGAGUUGCUUGAUCGACUAUCAGCGAGUCUUGAUUUCAUUCUGACACCUCCUCCGUUUGUAGCGAAGAACUGGAAAAUGGCUGAGCUGCCGCCAGGAGCACAGACCCUGUAUCUAGCUUGUAUAGAAAUCAUGGCUAGUCCCCAUUCCCCGGAGACUCUGGUAACUGCUAUGAUCAACGUAAUGCAAAUGAAACCACACCUCCGUCCACUCAACCUUCUCAACCUCAUUGGUCUCCUCAUCACCGCUCUACCAUCCACGUAUUCAGAUGCACUCCACGAAGAAUUCAUCAAUGUGUUCAAGAACGGUGAAACAAAGUGUCUGAAAUUUGAGGAGAUUGUGUUCGAUAAUUAUGAGGAGAAUCUACUGUUACAUCUGCCGAAUCGAGCGAGAUCAAUCAAUAUGAUCACACAGAUUUAUUGGACGCAUUGUAAUUUGAAUCUUCUUAAUCCAUUUGCACAAGAGCAAGUUCCAAAGCUCCUGGAACAUGUGAAGACCGAAAAGGACCUCUGGUACACCCUCCGUCUCGUCAUGCCGAUUCUCCGUCGUUUCUGGGAUAAUUGGGACACGGCGAAGCAGAUGAGAUCACUUCGGGAACGAUUCGGACCUCUGUUCAUCGUCAAACUCAUCAUUGAAAAGUUGGGAUCGAUGGCUGAAGAGGGCGUCGGAUUCGAGCACGAACAAGCGUUCUGUGAUCUCUUUUACAAUUGUAAAUAUGUGUUUGCCGGAGAUUUUCUGAGAGAUACAGCUAUUACUGAGUUUGCGAAGCUGCCAGAAAGUAUGCGGGAACGACUGAAAUUUUAUGUGUCACAAUCGGAACCAGCACAGCAGAAUACGCCGGAGAGGGAGAAGUCACCGGAGAAAUCGAAGGAGGAGCAGAAGGAGCAGGAGACGGCGCAGUCCUCUGCACAACAUCAUCCACAAGAUUCACAACAAUCCACGUCAUCAAUGACACAACAACAACAACAACAACACAUGCUCCAGCAACAGCAACUACAACAACAACAACAACAGUUACAACAGCAACAACAAUUUCAACAACAACAGCAACAACAACAAGUUCUCCACAACAAUCCGCUAUCCCAACUGAUGCCUCCACCCCAACAACCCCUUCAACACCAUCUCCAUCAUCCGCAACAUCAAAUGGAUCACCAUCAAGCGCCGCCCACUCCGGCUCCACCCACUCCUCAACAACAACAUCAUCAACAAAUGGCAAUGGGAAUGGGAAUGGGUGGAGGGCAUAUGACUCCACAAUAUCCAGGGGCAGUGUUCCAUCAUCCACAGGGACUCGGUAGUCAUCCGAUGCAGCAGUAUGGAAUGCAACAUCACUUACAGCAUCCACAUCAUCCACAUCAUCAGCAAAUGCAAGGGCAAAUGCAUAUGAAUCAGAUGAUGCACGGAAUGACACCUCAACAGCAGUAUGCUUAUAUGCAAAUGCAACAACAACACUAUAUGCAGCAACAACAGCAACAACACCAUCAUCAACAACCACCUCAUAUAUAUCUCUAUGUUCCGAUGCCCUCAACAAGUGGAAAGGUGAUCAGCUCGGAUCUGUAUGAUUGUGAUUGGUAUUGGGGAGAUUUGGACUGGAAAUGGGCGGAACGUCUACUCCUUUUGUGCCCUGUCGGCUAUUUUUUGAUACGAGACAGUCGGAGUGACACUCAUUUGUUCACUGUCUCUUAUCAUUCUCAAGACAAAGUCUAUCAUUCUCGCCUCUCGCUGGAAGACUCCCGACGGAAUUUAGGCAGUCGACAGCCCUACGUGUCACGGGACUACCGUAAUCUUGUAGAGAUUAUUGAGAGGAGUUUAGAGCAAUCCCUAAACGGACAACAAGAAAUGCUCCACUACCGACGUGGCCACGAAGCGGAAGCCGCCCGUGUCAACCUGACACGUCCACUAACAAAACGUGAACUCCUCCCGUCACUACAGUAUCUCUGUCGGUACACUUUUCGCUCCGCCCCACAGAAAGCCACGCCCAUCGAGGCUCCGCCCACAAUUUUGAAGUAUCUGAACGAUUCGAAAUGGAUUAUACCGGAUUUAAACUAUUGCCCCAAAACGUUCACUGGCGAAGAUACCGCCGAAUUUUUCCUUCAUGGAAGUCAGGCGGUCGCCACGAAAUUUGCCACGUGUCUAUCUGAAAUUGAGAAUGUUCGAGAAGCGAAACGGGGAGAAUUUACGAGACGAGCAUUUCACAACGGAAAAAUGAGCAUUUCGGGUGUCCGUGGACUUGAUCGACUGAUAAGGUCCCGGACGGAAAAGGAGAGACGGGCGGCUUUUGGACAAAUGCGUGGAGGUGUACGGGCGGUCGAGAUACGCAAAAAAUUGGUCCAAAUUCUCUCAAAACUUUUCGUGAUCAUCGAUUUCGGGGAGCACGUGGAACUUCAAUUGGAGGAAGCACAACGAGAUGUUUCUGAGAUUCUUCAAGAAAUCAAUCGAAUGAUUGCUGCGUGGAAUGGGGCGGAGCGUGCGCAACGUGGAUUGAAUAUCGUGUUGUACGGGCGGCCAAAUUCUGGAAAAUCGAGUAUUCUGAAUCAGUUGGCACACGAUGACGUGGCGAUUGUCAGCUCGAUUCCAGGCACGACGAGGGAUAGUUUGGUGACGUCUCUCCAAAUCAACGGUGUCCUGUGCCGCUUAACCGACACCGCCGGAAUCCGUCGUCUCACUGAUGACGUCAUCGAAGCAGAAGGCAUGCGACGUGCUCAACAACGUCUCGAAUGCGCCGACAUCAUCAUCGUCGUUGUCGAUCCGGAAUCCACAAGUGAUGACGUGGCAGCGAUUCUGAACGACGUGGAAGAGCUGAAAAGUGGCGAAUCGAAAGUGAUCAUUGUGAAAAAUAAGACAGAUCUGAAACUACCGUAUCCCGAAGUAUUAAUUGAUUCGAUGAAGAAAUGCCACGUGGUUUCAACAUAUGCCACGUCAUCGAAUGGGUGUGAAGAAUUGAGAAAUAAGUUGGGAAGCCUAGUGGAGGAGUUGUGUCCGGAAGCCAAUUUCUUGUUGGAUGCUGAAUUGUUGAGAAAAUGCUCAGAUGAGUUGACAUGCUCAAUGUUAUGUCAAGAUGCUGCCAUCAUGUGCUCACACAUUGAAACUGCUUUGGAAUCGAUCGGAGAGUUGACCGAGGGAAUUGUUACCGAAAAUGUGUUGGAUGGCAUUUUUAGCAAAUUUUGUAUUGGAAAAUAG